AUGUUAAUCAUUUUCUUAUUUACAUUAUUUACUCUGAUUAUUGCUACUCCUAUAUCAUGUAAUUCUUACCAAUCUCAAACAGAAUCACAAACAGAUAUUGAAUUAACUAUGAGUUUUGGGUGUUAUUUUAUUGUAACUAGUCAAACUACAUUCAAAUCUAUUAGUGGAGAAGGAACAGUUGUUAUCAAUGGGGCUGUGGAAGUUACUGUAAAUGAUUUUAAAGGAGGAAUUAUUCAAUUAAAUCAUGAAAAUGCAAAAGUUAAUAUUCUUAAAACUACUGAUUUAUCUACAAGUAAUAAUUCUAAGUAUCAAAAGAAAAUAGUUGGAAAGGGAACUACUGUUAUUAAACCACAAAAUAAUGGUGUUACCAUUAAUUUGGAUAUGAUAGGAAGUACUUCUUUAGCUGUAGAAUCUGUACAACAGUAUUUUAAAUUAGUUGUUGGUACACUUUACUUAAACAAAGAUAUUGAUGUUGGAAAGUAUUGUGAACUUUCUGUUUCACAAUUAACAUCUACUGUUACUAAUGAAAAACGUUCUAUAAAAACCUCAGGAAAAAGAAUGGUUAUAACAGAGAUUGAUGCUGAUCUUUAUCGAUUAGUAGAACCUACACAAGUUAUUAUCUCAGCUGUACCAAUAACUGAAACAUAUUCCAAUGUUGUUAAAUGUACUUUAGAUGGAACAUUUGUAACAGGAACUGAUCUUGUUUGUCCAUGUCAAAGUCUUACUGGAUAUGAAUGUGAACUUGAAUUUACAGGAUCAACAAAUCCAAUAACAUUCCCAAAAGAGAAUAUUGCUUUACAUAAAUUGACACUUCCAAGAGGAGCUACUAUUUCUGGAACAGGUAGUUUAAGUGUUAUGAAUCUUGAGAUUAAAGGAGACGUUACCAUUAAUGGAUUUUCAAGUGUUGAUAUUAACUCUCAAACAGGAGAGUCUAAGAUAACAAUUUCUACUAAUGGAAAAUUAAAAGGAACAAAGUCUAAGACUGUUACAUUUAGUCCAAGUUCUUCUUCAGUAAAGUUAGAAUAUUAUGGUACAAGUGUUGAAACAUUAACAGUUGAUAAAGAAGGAACAUUUAUUAACAGUGGAAAUAAUAUUAAUACUGUUACAUUAAGUAAUAGUGGUAAAUAUACAGUGCCAGAAGGAAUUACUGUUAAUAGUGGAACUAUUAAUGUCUGUCCAACAUGUGUUGUUAAUAUUAAUGGAGAAUAUACAGAAAGUCUUAAAAUUCAAUCUACUGGUACAAAAGAUAACACAAAUAAUGAUUAUAACGUUAUUUUUGGAAUGUUUAAAGAUUUUGUAGAAAAAGUAGUAACAAGUACAGGAACAAACAAAAUUACAUUCCAUCCAAGUGGAAAGAAGGUUAUUUUUAAAGAAAUGGAUUAUUCAAGUACAAAUGAAUUAAUUGAUGGAUGUGAUUAUACUAACACUUUCUACAAGACAAAUACUAAGAAUAAAUGUGCAUCAAUGAAGGUAGAGGGAAUUGAACCAAUUGAAGUUUCAUUAACAACAAGUGAUGUAAAUGGAGCAGAUAAGUUUAUAAUUGAAAAAGGACUUAGUGUUAAUACAAGUAAAGUUAUCUUUAAGACAUGUGGUACAAUUAAAACACUUAAAUUUUUAUUGUCUGAUGUCACACUCACUAAGCCAAAUGGACAAUCAAGUUGUGAACUUACAGUAACAGAAGGACUUAAAUCAGAAACUAAAGAAACAGAAAGUCUUAGUCCAGAACUUAAAGUAACACUUGAUAAUAUUCAACUUAAAAACACAGAUAUUAAUGUACCAAAAUUGGUUUUAAAAUCAGCAAUAAUAACUGCCAAUAAAGAUAUAAAAAUUCCAACACUUUCUAUGGAUGGAAAAUCAAAGAUCAAUCUUGGACAAUAUGGGUUAAAUGUUGAAGAAGUAUCAUUUGAUUUCUCUGAUAUAACAGAAUCCAAUAAACAAGAUUCACUGAUUAAUUCAAAUAAAGAUAAAGGAUUUGUAGUUGAGAAGAUAAUGACAGUUUCAUCAACACCAAAACCAGAAGUAAAAAAUAUUUACAUUACAAAACAAGAUAAUACAAUAACAUAUUCAGGAGAUGUACCAAACAAAUUUUAUUUAGCUUGUUAUGGCAGAGCACUCAUUUAUAAUAUAGACACCAAAUAUAAAUGUGAUGAAGUAUUUAAAACACCAAAGAAAUGUACAUUCAAAACAGGAGAAACAGAUAUUGAUUUCAAUUCAGAAAGUUCAUAUAAUGAAGCAUUAUGUCCAUGUCAUUACUCAGAUCCUAAAGGAGAACAAGAUUUAAUUGGUUCAUGCCAAAUAACAUAUGAAGAAAAUAAAGAAAGAAAAGAUAAAGUAACUAUUAGAUCAAACAGUGAUAUUAAUGUUAAUGCAAUUAGUGUUAAUAGUAUUAAUGAAGUAACAAUAAGUGCAUCAGAUAAGAAAAUUAUUUCAAAAGUGUUUGUAUUAGGAAAAAGAUUAAUUCUUGAAGGGUCAAGCAUCAAAUUAUCUGAAAUACAUGGAAUAACGGAUUCUAGUUCUACUUCAGUGCCAGAACUUGAAUUAAAAGGAAAAAGUGCAAUUGAAACAAUUACAGGAAACAUGAAUAUUAUAACUAGUAAAGAAGCAGUAAUUGAGAAGGGACAUACAACAGAGAAUUAUUACACAGGACUUGAUGUUAAAGGAACAUUGAACAUUAGAACAGGAAGUACGUUUGAAGCAACAAACAUCAAAGUAUAUAAGACUAAUACAAUAAGUAGUAAAGUGACUGUAAGUAGUACAUCAACACUUAAUCUUAAGAGGAUUGAAGUUGUAAUGGAUGUAGUUAAUGAAGAACCAAUAUUUACAGGGGAUGUACCAUCAAGAAUAACUGGUGUUAGUAGUAGCAAUAUGACAAUAAGUGGAGCAUCAUCAAGUAUUUGUCAAGCAAUAGGAAGUUUCAGUAGUUCUGAUAAUUCAAGAAACACUUUCAUAAAAAGUGGAAUGUCUGAUCUUGGAUGUUCAUCUAAAUUAUGGAUUGUUUGUUCAAAGAAAACAUUAUCUUAUAAAUGUCCCGGUAACACGCAAUGCACAUUCAAAGCAUCAACAACAACAUUAAAUGCCUCUGAUAAGGCUAGUUAUAUUGAUCAAGAAAACUGUCCAUGUUCUGAAGCAGGAUCAGAAAUAUUUACCACAGGGUGUGAAACAAAUAUUCCAUCAAAUGUUUCAGGAAUAAUUAAGGAUAUGAAAGGGUCUAUUGAGACAUUGACUGUAGAUACCGAUAGAGUAGAAGUUGAAACAUCAAAUGUGUUGAGUAUUUCAACAAUGAGAAUAAGAGGAGUUAAUCAAUUUAAAGGAAGUCAAGCUAUUAAAGUAGAUAUUGUUGAUAUUUUCACGUCACUUCCUACAAGAGUAACGUUUGAUAAUCCAGUCAGUAUUUCAGCAACUCAAUUGAGUGGGUCAAGUGUCUUUUUCUUCUUUAAGAAUGAAGCUAGUAUUAUACUUGGAACAUCAAAAGGACAAACAAUAAAAUCAGGAGCAUCAGUUUCAUUGAGUAGUACUCUUAGUAAUGAUCAAAAAAUAGAAGUAAUAACAACUGAAGAAAUGAAAGAAGCAGACUUAUUCAUAAGUAGUAACAAACAAGUUAAAUUAGGAGGAAGUCUUUAUUCAAAGACAUUAACAAUUACAAAUACUAAAGAAACAACAGAUGAAGAAGCUAUGUUUAUGAUACCAACAGGAAAAGAAUUUAAUGCAAAUAAUUUGAAAGUAGUUUCUAGUUAUAUAAAGAGUUACAAAAUAGUUGAAACAUCAGAUAUUAAUUAUGUGAAUAUUGGAGAAUAUUCAGAUGGUGUUUAUAUUGAUAAAUAUAAGAGUUAUGCAACAUAUGGAACAAAAGGAAAAAGAAGUUCAGACAUUAUAUGUUCAAUGAAAAAAGAAGGAAUACAAUCAGGAGUUAUUGCAUUUGAUGAUAAGAAUACAAACACAAGUUGGGAUAGAGCAGGAUGUUCAUGUGAUGGAGAGUCAUGUCAAGUUAAUAUGAUAAGUGAUAUUGAUUAUCGUAUGACGGGAAUUAACUAUGAAUUUGUUAAGAAUCUUUUCAUAAAGAAUGGUAAUGAUUUAAAAACAUAUACUAGUGUAUUAGAAGGAGAUAAGAUUCAAGGAGAAAUUAUUGAAAUUGAUACAGGAAAUGUAGAGUUUAGAGUAGGAAAAAUUCAAAUGAAUAAAUUAACUAUUCAGAAAGAAUCUAACAUUUCAUUUAUUGGAAUAAAAAAUACUAGUACAAUUGAAAAUAUUGUUUUAAUUAAACCAGGAACUACAUCUAUUUUAGUUAAAGAUGGAGUUAAUCCAUUAACAUUAAAAAUCAAUAAUGACAAUAAUACACUUAAUUCUAUUACAUUACAGAAUAGUAGUAGAGUAAUUAUAUCAAACACACAAACUACAAUUAAUUUAGGAGAAGUUAAUAUUGAGAAUAGUCAGUUAUAUCUUGAUAGUGGAAACUAUGAAUUUAAUGAAAAAACAAUCAAUUUCCUUGUUAACUCAAAUGACUUUAUGAUGGUUAUGGGACCAAGUACUCAAAUCAAUAGUAACAGUCGAGAAAUAAAAACAAUGAAUUUCAAUAUUAAAAUUGAAAAAGAAUUAGAAGGACCAAUAUACUUAUUAAGAACAUCUUACCAAAACUUUAUUAGUAGGUUUGGAGUUAAAUUCACAAUCACAUCCAAUAAUCAUCUUAAAGGAAAACCAACGAAUUCAAUAGACUCAAAAUAUGAACUAACACAAGUUUGUCGUAUUUAUGUUGCAUUAGUACCAAAAGGAUACACAAUAACUGAAUGUCCAAAAGAUCCAUGUGGAACAAAUGAAGCAGGUAUUUCUUCACAAAUAACUAAUGGAGAAGUACCAGCAUGGGCUAUUGCAGUUAUAGUAAUUGUUGGAGUUAUUAUUGUUAUUGCUUUAAUACUCUUAGUUGCUUUCAUUCUUUAUGCUAAGUUAGUCUUAUUAAAGAAUAGAAAGAAUAAUAAAGUUUUUGAUGAUACUGAGAAUAUCUUCUGUGCCUCUGAAGUUAAUGAGUCUGAUGAUAUUGCAAAGAAAGAAGAAGGUUUGGACAAUGAUGGAGAAAUUUCAGUAUCAAGUGAAAGUGCAUCAGGGUCUGCAAGUAGCUCUUAUUCAUCCAAUGGAAGUGGUUCAUCCAAUGGAAGUGACGUUGGUUCAGGUUCUGCAAGCGAGUAA